AUGGCUAUUGAAUUUCGAGCAAAAGGGGUUCCUCAACUUGCCGAAUGCAUUGAUGGAACGGAUAAGUGGGAAGCCUGUCGUAUUCAUCCGCAUUGGGUCGCCGCCGCCACCACCGUGCUUUGGGAAGCACCCCAGUUUCCUCGCCCGCAAUCGUUUCGUCUUUUCCUCGAUAUCAUUCGCUCCAAAAGGCGCCUUGCGUUAUCGGUUCGCCACCUUUCAUUAUGCAUCCAGCCACUUUGUCCUAGUCCCACCGGUAACUGGCCCGCCUUGACCGACAUUAUCGACCGUCAUGCCAAGAUGCGUGAAUCCACAUUAGCGAGUCCCCAAAUCAUACUUACCUUGGCACGUCUGUGCGAAAAAUUGGAACAACUGACUGUCUAUGGCUGGCAGUUGGAACCCGUCUGCAUGGAACAAAUGGCCAGUUUCUUGCCUAACUUGCACGCGCUUCACAUUGUCGGCUACAACGCGGAAGCGCCUCCGUUCACCUUGGGGUCCAAGCACUUGACUCGUCUCCAAUCCUUGAGGCUCGACGGAAUCAGUUCUCUGUCACUCCAAUUCAUGAAUGCUUUAUCCACCAGAGGCCAGCACUUGAAACAUCUGCAUCUGUCACUCGCAGGAAUGCCGCUCGCAGCCUUUUCCGCUCUUUGCAACGGCGGCCUGCUAAAUCUUACGUCGGUCACUCUCACUGAAGCAUCCCAUGUCCGUGAUACUCAUAUUGAAUGGCUUAUUCGAGCCUCCCCGAAUCUCUGCAAAAUUGUACUCUGCGGCGUGCGCUACCUUACCAUCCAAACUUUGUUUUCAGCCCUCGAAUUAUGCCCAUUUCUGUCGGAGCUGGAAAUCCAUGCGAUGGCCGAUGCCGAGCCCUUGCCACUGACAAGCCAUCGAAUCGAAGAACAACGUACAGACGUGGCUUCCGAAACCCUGAACAAGCUCGUACUGGAGAAUUUCUAUGUCAGUGAAGAUGAUCUUCGUUACCUGGCUUUCCAUUCCACCUCGCUGCGCACUUUGGCUCUCCACAACUGCGGUCAACCCAGUGAUCGGUCACUAGGCUACCUUCUCCGAGCCACAUCAUCUCUAUACACACUCCAUCUCAGUCGUUGUCCGCGCAUCACGAGUGCCAUCCUGCAUCUGAUUUCCGAGACAUUGAUUUACAAGACCAUACAAAUGCUGCAUAUCGAGUCAUGUGGCGCCAUCAAUCCUGAACAUGUUGUCCAUUUUUGCACAGUUGCAGCUCCGUACGGUUUCGCAUCUUUGCAUCUCGUGGGUUAUGACGAUAUUCUUCAAUCUUCACUGGCCGAAUUUGCUUCCACCAAAUCUCACUCGUCUUCCCUAUCCCUUGCUCGUCUCGUUAUGGAUCGAAGGGGCAUCCAAGCGCUCGCUUCCAAUGUUCCCAAUCAAGUUGCUGGGUUUCAGCCUCUACCUCCUGAUCGUUUCCUCACCAGUGCUCAACUCAUCCUACUCGCAAAACAACUCAUGCUCACUGUCCCAGCCUUGAUGAAAAUACUAGACAGCAUUCAGUUUCAGCACCUUUUCUUCCUCCUCGUCUUCCUUGGUGCUGAUUUUGUCGGUUUCUUUCUGUGGUACAAUGCAGACUAUGAUCAGUCCAAAGCGCACCACUCAGCGGAUAGUGCAUCGGAAGACACAGCGUGCUCCAAGUCCAAACGUUCCACAACAGGCACCUCCAGUACCAACUCGAUUCCAAUCACGCCCAAAAUCCAUCAUCAAGAUCAUCGAGGUGGUCAUGUUCCUAAUAUGGACGACGAGGAGCAAAUGUUGAUGUUCACCAGUUCGCCGCAAUCAUUGACCCAAAAGUUUGGCCGCUCUGCAUCCAGUGACUCGGAAACUAUCGACAGCUGGGGAGAACCAGAGUCGUUUGUACCAUGGGAUAAAACGCUUGGGUACGUAGCCGAUGUCCUCGAAGAACAGAGGAACACUGUUUUCUGGCAACAAGUAAACAGUACGCAAUGGAAACAAUUGCCAACCGUUGCCUCCACGGCCAUGCCUGUGCAAGAUGAACCGCCCAAAGUCAUCCGGUUUUCACGCAAGCAACGUUCCAACCACACUUGGACCGAUAAAUCCACCACCGAUCGUGGCGUCAGCUCAGAAAGCAGUUGCGACGUUGACACUGACGAUCCUUCCAAUAAAAACAUCAAAUCACGUGAUGUUAAUGAAGCCAAAGUGAUGGAAGCAUGGCAUCAAGCCCAUGUAGUGGAUACCGUCAAAGAGCAGAUGUCAUAUGCUUCAGCCUGGGCGAAGAUCGCCACGGAACAACACUCAUCCACCAUUACUUCAAGACAGGCUAAACGGUUCUCUAGGCCCGUAUUGCGCAAAAAGCGCUCCAUGCAAAAACCCUCAUUUCAACCGAUGAAUGUGAAAAAUGCGGCGCAAACUCAAUGGCAGCAUUGGAUUGCUGAUUCAGCAGAUGGCAAACAAAACGAAGUGGUUGCUGCGGCCCUGGACUCCACCGACAACGAAUCCCAGACCGAACUUCUCAUCGAUACCAGGGAAAUCAUAUUACAAAAGGCCGCACCAUUGGAUAUCACCUUCAAUUCUGAGAUUUUGGAGGCUCUCAACUCAUUUGCUUCAAUUGGCAGCUUUGAAGCUGAUAAAUUGGACCCCGAAACUACCAUUUACAAUGAUGCCGAUGAUGAAGACGACGGCCAACAACAAAGAAAAAGAAACACCCUCCAAGUCCCUAAGGACGAGUGUGAGCACUUGUCACCUGCCACCCCUCAACCCGACAAUAUUCCCGCCAUAGAUUACGAGCAAGUCCAAAACGUACAAAACGUACAAAAAGAAAAUCACACAAUGGCUAUACAAGAAUACCAAAUCGCAUCCAAUAUUCCCGAAAAGGAGGCUUCCGCAUCCAACUCUGCUUCCCCUGUCGGCGAGAACAACAUUUGCAAAUCUCAAUCACCGGCACCGUCCAAGGACGAUACCGUUCUUCCUAUACCCAAGAAAAACGACAUCAUUGAAGACCAUUUGGGCAACAGCGAUACCCGUUCCGAAAAAUCAAGCUCAUCUACUGUUGACCCAAGUAGCGACACACGAUCAGAAAAAUCAAGCGCAUCCACUGCUGAACCCAGCAGCGAAGAAAAAUCUGAAACUUCAAAAUCCAAAAAAAUCGUUACCCUCAAGAUUAAUACCCCCGACCAUGGUUUGCAGAAUCUCACUCUUUACGAGGAUUCACCUCCGAGUGAAAAUGUUGAAAAGUUUUGCACCAAGUUCGACUUGCAGGACGCUUACGAUACCAUUUUGGCCCAGGCCACCGAAUUAUACACAAAGCACAGCACUGCUCGCAUUCUCAAAAUGUCAAAAAAGAAAAAGAAGUCCAAGACCGCCAAAAAGGCAUUCUAA